AUGAUUUUUGAUAAUUUUCUUAAAGAAAUCAACGUAAUCCAUUCUAUAACUUGUAAUACAGAUGACUUCGUUGCUAUAGUAAAGAAAACAAGUGAAGAAUAUACUACUCUUGAUGCAAAAUUUGAAGAAUAUUUAGAAUAUUUAGAAGGAAAUUCUAGAAUUGAAGGGGAAGAAGAUAAACAAAUUCCAAUUGGACAAUCUGCUUAUAAUUUAGUUCAUUCCGUGGGAUGGCAGAUUAUUGAAAAUAUUAAAACCGAAAGAUUUUAA